AUGGGUAACCACAGAACUUUAUGGAAUGCUUUCGCCUUUUUCUGUCUCAUACAUAUCGUUGGCGGUGCUGAACGGGUGACUAGAAAUGUAGAAGUGACAGCAGAGGAGGAGAAGAUUCGCGACAAGUUGGGAUAUGAGGCGAUCCGAGACAUUCAUAGAGAUAUGGACGAUGAUCAUUCGGGAUCAAUUGAUCGGAAUGAAUCAACUGGGUUCAUGAAAGAAGACAUGCAAAUGCGUGGCUCCGAACGAACACGACGAGAGAACAAGUUUCAUGGGGAUGACGAGGCGAUUACGGUAGACGAUUUGUGGGAGGCGUGGUUUGAGAGCAUAGAGAGGACUUGGACUAAUGAAAGGCUCGUCGAGUGGCUCAUCAACGAUGUCAACAUCCCCAGCAUCAUUGAAACGGUGAAAUUAAAAAAAAUCGAUGGAAAAAUUCUGCCACGCUUCGCAUCACCAACUUCUGAUUAUCUCAACAAAGAGCUGGGUAUCAAAUCGUCCGUAUAUCGCCAGAAGCUUCGCUUAAACUCCCUAGACGUUGUUCUUUUUGGAUAUAAGGAUAAUAAUAACAAAACGAAAGACAUUCUUCUGGCAUUUUUGGCACUUUUAUUGACUUCUUUGAUCUUUUUAUACGUCCGACAGAAGCAGAAGGCUCAACAUAAGCUUAACGAACUGUCCAACAAGUUAACCGAGCUAAAAAGUAUGGAAACAGAGUUUGAAGACGUGCAGAAGAUGUUGAGUGAUGAGAGGAGUAAAAGAUCAAUUUCUGAUGGAAUUGUGUCGAAAACGGAAAUGGAGAACCUCCGAGUGCAGCUAGAAGAAGCUGAACGUCGUCUUGAAGCCAACACGAACGGAUCUGGAACCCCUUUGGCACUCCAACCAUUGCUCAGAAGAACUUGUGAAAAUGAGAUGGCAUUUUUGGAAAAACAACGACAAGACUGUUUUAAAGAAAUGAAGGAGGCCAUAGAAAUGGUGGAUAGGCUUCAGAAGAAACAGGGGAGUGUGUUGUCAUCGUUGAAAUUAGCUACUGGAGCGGCGUCGACUUCCGAUCAGGUGGAUUCGAAGAUUUUUGCGUUGAAAAAUCGAAUGGAAAAAAUUCACACCCUAACGCGAGAAACCCAAGAACGAUGGAUGCAAAUCGAGUCGCUUUGCGGUUUUCCACUGCUUUAUUUGAAUGAAACCGAGCAUCUUAAUCGAGCCGUCAACGCCAAUUCGCACUUCUACAAUAAUAGUCAGGAGGGUACGUGGAUUUUUCUGGAGUUUUCUAAAAAAAAGAAAAAAAUUUCAGGAUCCUCAUCAUCUGGAUCCAUCACCAAUUCGGCGAAUCAGCAAAAUUUAGCGAAAAAACCUCCAUCAUCUAUAACAACUACAACUUCCACGUCAGCACCUCAAGCAACAACAUCAGCUACUAUACAAUUUGUGCCGACUGGAAAAACGGAUGGUAGCAUCCAUUCGGAAGACGUGUCACCCGUCGUAGAGGAUCAAAUUACGAUUCCGAGAAGCUUGACCCAAGACCUAUCGGAAGACAUGCAAUCGAUAGUAUCCGGCUCCACAAAUGGAACAUCUUCUGGAAUAAAAAAGCGAAAAGGAAUUCUGCCGAAACUAUUCCGUCGAAACACAUCGAAAUCCAGCAGUCUUGGUGGCACAUCCAAUUAG